UUUAGUUGUAUAAUCAAAUGUUAGACAAAUUUUUGUUUGGUCUAAACCUCAUUGCUCCUCAUGUCUUUUAAAUGACAGAUCAUAUAUGUAAUGAGAAAUCCAAAAGACAAUGUGGUGUCAUUUUUCCACUUUUCCCAUGUCUGGGCCAAAGUUGAGACUCCCAAGAGCUUCGAAGACUUUUUGCAGCAGUAUCUAGCAGGAAACGUUGGCAGUUCAUCUUGGUUUGAUCACAUCCGAGAGUGGUACACUAAAAGAGAGCAGUACAACAUCCUUUUCCUGACAUAUGAGGACAUGGUCAUGGAUCUCAGGACAGCAGUGGAGAAAAUCUGCAUGUUCUUGGGGAAAAAUAUGGAUGACACUGCUAUUGCACGUAUUGUGGAGAAGGCCACUUUUAAAAACAUGAAGCAGGACCCCAAGGCAAACUAUGAAUUCAUCCCACAAGAUCUACUACUUCAGCCCCAAUUCAUGCGCAAAGGUACUGUAGGAGAUUGGAAGAACACAUUCACUGUGGCACAAAAUGAGAUGUUUGACCAGAUCUUCAAAGAAAGGAUGGGAACCUUACCACUGCACUUCAUCUGGGACUUGGACACCAAGACAAAGCAAAACUAGUCACAGAAGAAACAGAACAAGCAUGUUGUUUUCCCCAGUGGACAUCAAACACUGAUAGUUGGUUUGGAAGGUUUUAGCAUUUGAAUUACCAGUAAACAGUGUUUCUGAAGAGCCCCAUUGGCUGUAAACCACAAAGUGGUUAAUAUAGAUAUACACUAGGUUUUUUUUUUUUUUUUUAAAUGAAAUUAAUACUUUUACUCAGCAAGGACACAUUAAAUAGAUUUAAAUUGAGAGUCAAUGUUUAUAAUUCAAAUAAAUGCUGUUCUUUUGAAUUUUCUAUUCAAAGAAUCCUGAUAAUAAAUUCAUCUAGUUUUUUACAAUAAUAUUAAGCAGUUUUCAACACUGAUAUUAACUAGAAAUGUUUCUUGAACAGCAAAUCAUAUUAGAGUGAUUUCUGAAGGGUCAUGUGACAGUGAAGACUAGAGUAAAAAAAAAAAAUCAGCUUUGACAACACAGGAAUAAAUUACAUUUUAAAAUAUAUUUCAGUAAAAAAGAGUUUUUAAAUUGUAACACUAUUUCACAAUAUUACUGUUUUUUUCUUUCAAGACAAAUUGGUAAAAAUACAUGACUUUACUAUAAAAAAAAAUAUAGUAAAGUUCUUAGUUCUUAUAAACAUAGUAUAAAUAUAGUAUAUACAUAUAGUUCUUAUAUCCCUCCCUGUUCUAGCUUGUACUAUUCUGAACGAUGCUUGAAACUUUGUGUUUCUAGCACUUCUCGUGUUAUUGCCCCUAUAAGAUGAAUCGUUUAUUGUAUUCAUUUCUAAGUCGGUUUGGGUAAGUUUUGGAUAAAAUCAUCUGCUAAAUGAAUUAAUGUAAAACCAUUUAAGUAAAAAUCUUAACAUCCUUAAACUUUUGAAUGGUAGUAUACAGGUUUAAAACUGUGACAGAUCUUCAUAUGGUGCUACACUGGGGCAAUCUGACACACAUCUAAAGUUAGGUUUUAAUAAUAUAAUUUUAUGUAACUAAACAUUUUUUUCAUGACCAUUAUGCAUCAAUAGUGUGCUGAAGAUUGUUUAGUUUCUUUAGGACCAGAAACAAAUCAUUUAGCAGCUAUAUCUAGGUAGUGCAACCUGCAGACCUUAAUGUCAGACCAGUCACUUACAGAAUCAUUUCUUAAAAGAAAGUUUGUAUUUGUAUUGCCCUCAAGCUCCAGAACUUAAUCUAUAACAAUUAAACUUGCAAGAGCAUCCAAA